AUGAUAUCCCCAAAUUCAAGAAAACAACCGACAUCGUCUAUAAGACAACAGGCUAAUGAUUCUGAGCUUGUUGCGUCAAAUUCGACUGCUAGCCGGUUCCUAGGAAGCAGGCCAAAGGCGUGGAUGCAGAAUAAAAACUUACCUGGCCCUGCUCCCACUAUCACCCGCCGUCCUUCGCGGCCUCUCCAUACCACUAAUAAAACCCGGGCAGUCCCUAAGAUAGGUCCAAAAGACACCCCUUACCCUUCUGAAAAAGGUCCGGGAAAAGGAAACAUACCAGCGUCUAAGGAGCCUAAGGAUGCCGCGCCUACGCAAUGUCUUUCUCCAGUAUCGUCACCCAUGCUUCCUCCGGCUAUACGUAUCACGCCGGACCCUAUCAUUCCAGACUCAGUGCAGCAAGCUCAACAGGCCCAGCAGUCAGCGCCCUCAGAAAAAACUGUGGAGCAGCCAACACAGCCUCUGCCUUCUCCAAACCCGAGUCAUAGGUCUCAUCCAACUGGGAACACACCUGGUGCUGACCCAGUGACUGCUGACAUUGGGGUGUCGACUGCCCCAGACCUUCCAGCUGAGGAACAUCAUGCGGCUUCUUCAUGGCCAUCACCGUCAAGCAUGAUUCCUCCGCAGCAGAGCUCUCAAGCUCCUCAAACAACUAAAGGUAGCCCUCAGGCUGGCCGUUCAACUGUCCGCCAGAUGCAUCCGCUAGUUGAAGUGGCUCAGCGAAGUGGACAGGAUGGAGGCGAUCAGGAUAAGCAUCAAAAUAAGCGCCCGCGCCUAACAUCCUUCCAACCGCCAACCGCAACUUCUGUUUCUGCUACUCCUAUUAGUCCUAUUACUUCUACCACAACGACACCAAGACCUAUUAUCAAUACCCUCGUCACUACCACCACGGCGGCUACUACCUCUGCGCUUUACGCACCAUUAUCGCCGCAACUGCCGUCUCUUAUCCCUCUCAGCCCUGGAACAGGAGUAAAUCCGCCUGGAAGCAGCGCAUCGCCCCUUCAGCAACCGCCUACGGAUCUCUCGCCACAGGCUUUAAACUCCUGCGCAGAGUUCUUAAGCAGCAUCAUCCCAACUUUUCAGCCAUCUGAAGCUACUUUUAUCUACAUGCUAAGGGAUGCCUGUGUAGGCUACGAUCUCCAAUAUCUUGCCCUCCAUCAGCUGUACUGCUUAUCCGUCAAAUCAUCUGGGCUACUUCCGGAUAUCGGAGAACAUGCAAUGAGAGGUAUCACAACGGUUACAGGUUUGAUUUGUCCAAGUACAAAACUUUCUAGCGCCUAUAUAGAAUACUUCAGUUCCUUUCCGUCUGACUUCUCAGCCCUCGUUCCCCAAAACCGACCAUACGCGGCUGCAGUGGAGGCUGUUAAAGGCUGGGCGGCCUCGUUGAUAACUACCUGGCCCGGCUUCUUUUCUAAAGUGAUAAGUCGUGGAUAUCCACCACUGCUAGACGAAAUCAUUACCUCUCUCGGCGUCCUGUCAAGUGUUAUGCAUGGUAUAUUCUACUCACGUUGCGUCUCUACCCUGGUUGCAAACCGGGCCCCAGGGCUCCGAGAAGCGUGGAGGGUUAUCCUCAAGAAGAAUAUUGAGUUUUACAGAAAUCGUUUGAAGAAGGCCAAUACCUCAAACCCUGUCCCAGAAGUGCAAACCCAGGGGGAAAAUAAAUACCUAGUAAUGAUGUAUCAGAGGAUAGGUGAAAAACACCCUCCUCGAGGUACUUCUUUGCCAGUUACCCAACCAGUUGUUCCGCAGCAUACAGUUUUCCAUCAACAGCCGCGCUAUAACUCUCUUCCCAUGUCCCAGCCUCUUCGUUCCAAUCACUCACUUCCUCCGCGUCCGGCGCCGCCGCGCCCGAUACCCGUGUUAACCACGGGUCAGCAGCAGCAUAUGCGGUUCCCGGGUACUGCCACGUCCAUACCACAGGCUUCAGCAUUUCAACCACGUCAGCCAAUCUUCCAGUCACAGCCGCCGGCUGUUGUUCCGAGUGUUGCUGCAGCUGCAUCUAUGGCGACGCGUCAAGCAUAUACUCCUGCAACCCAUCAGCUAGUGACACCCUCUACUGCUACAUAUAACCAGAUCAACUCUUACCACUUGCCAUCCUACCAGGCUUAUCCAACUCCUUCCAUCCAACCCCCUUUACAGGCCAUACCUCAACUUACUGGGACACCACUAUUCCCUCCGCGUGGUGCAAAUGCUCUUCCACCGGCCAAUCCGUCUCCAUCAGCUAGCCACCAUCUAGCUCACUUGAGGGUUGCCAAUGUUUCUAUGUCAAAACCCGAGUCUCAGGAGCCUGGCGAAAACUUAUUCCAUUCCUUUGAGUCGUUUGCCAUACCCCCUACGUCGUUGGAUUGGAAUCAAUGUAACUUUCAAAUCCCAUUCACGCUAUCGCAAAGUCAAUACACCACACUUCCGCGACCCCUUCACCUGCCCAAUACAUGCCAUAUUACCCAAGGUGUCUUCGACGGGUGUAAGGCUUAUCAAGUUAAAUGCAUUCGUUUGACUAAUACUCUUUCUUUGACUGAGGAGAAAUGGAUGGCCGCUGAAUGCUCGUGGCCUACGGCCAUCUACAUUCAUAUCAAUGGCCAGGAACACUUCUUCCGACGAAAGUUUCAUUUCGGAAAGGAUUUACCAGUUCCUAUCAGCAGGGCUCUUCGUCAAGGUACAAAUGAGAUUAAGAUUUCUCUGAUUGGUACGCCAGAGGAACGCAGGAAGUAUACAUUCGCCAUAGCGGUGGAAGUGGUCAAUGUGGCGUCGCAUAAACGAACUCGAGAGGCAGUUCAGACUCUAUCACAACCCCAAUCCCUCGAUAUCAUCCUCAACAGACUGACCAACAACACAGUUGAUAGUGAUGAGCUCUGCUUCGUUGACGAUUUCAUUGCUAUCCCCUUAAUCGACCCCUUUAUGGCCCGUAUCUUUAAUAUUCCUGUCCGCACAGUGACCUGCAAGCAUACCGAAUGCUUUGACCUCGAUACUUUCUUUGAUACAAGGCUUUCUCGUGUAGCAAAGGGGCCUCAUGGUAUGGCAGAAGACUGGAAAUGUCCGAUUUGCAAUGAGGACGCACGACCGAAACGUCUUCUUAUAGACCAGUUUCUUGUCCAAGUUCGGAAGGAGCUAGCUGAGCGAAAACAGCUAGAUGAUGUCACUUCUAUAAAAGUUCGGGCUGAUAAAUCUUGGGACAUCAUUACGCGUCAAUCCGGUACUGGGAAGGCCGUCGGAGGUUCCUCUCUGAGGGCCGACGAAGAGGUAACAGCCACAACUGUCUCCAUAUCCGCUUCUCCUAGAGCAGCCCAGGCACCUCCCGAGAUUAUUGAAAUUGAUUGA